UUUGGACCUUUGGGCUCGACCAUUUGCGUCUUUGCCUUCACCACUGUGGAUCGUUCUACAUUUGUGUUUCCGUGCAUGGUUUAUUUUUGUUUCUGGAGAGUAAAUUCCUGGAGCAGUUAUUAAGCUUGUCUGCUCUCACCUGGCUAACAUCGAGGCCUGCCCCCUUCUCUUGGCAGCCUGGGGCCCAGGCCGGGGCCACCAUGGCGCUGCCUCCAGGGCCAGCUACCCUCCCGCACACACUUCUGCUCCUGCCGGCCCUUCUGAGCUCAGGUACACCCCUGUUCAGCCCUUGGCCAUGCAUUUGUGCGGUCAAGUCCCCCUCUCUCCCCUCCUUGCCUGCAUCUUCAGUUUGGGUACCCACUCCAGGCACCAGAGGUGGGUUCCCUUCAUCCACCUCCCCAAGGUCCAGCCGUCCCUGGUUAGAGAACCCAGGUGCUCUGUCUCUUGGCCUGCUGCCCCUCUGUAACUGGACCUCAUCCCAGUCACAGAACAGUACUAAGCCUCCACCAGCCCUCCCCAGAAUCCCCUGUGUUCCAGGUUGGGGGGAGUUGGCGCCACAAAUUGAUGGUCAUACCUGGGCAGAGCGGGCACUUCGAGAGAAUGAACGCCACGCCUUCACCUGCUGGGUGGCAGGGGGGCCUGGCGCCCCCCGAUUGGCCUGGUACCUGGAUGGACAGCUGCAGAAGGCCAGCACCUCAAGACUGCUGAGCGUGGGCGGGGAGGCCUUCUCUGGAGGCACCAGCACUUUCACUGUCACUGCCCAGCGGGCCCAGCAUGAGCUCAACUGCUCCCUGCAGGACCCAGACAGUGGCCGGUCAGCCAACGCCUCCGUCCUCCUCAAUGUGCAAUUUAAGCCGGAGAUUGCCCAGGUUGGGGCCAAGUACCAGGAAGCUCAAGGCCCGGACCUCCUGGUCGUCCUUUUUGCCCUGGUGCGUGCGAACCCGCCUGCCAACGUGACCUGGAUCGACCAGGAUGGGCCGGUGACUGUCAACGCCUCUGACUUCCUGGUGCUGGAUGCCCAGAACUACCCCUGGCUCACCAAACACACCGUGCAGCUGCAGCUCCGCAGCCUGCCACACAACCUCUCCGUGGUGGCCACCAAUGACGUGGGUGUCACCAGCUCCUCGCUACCGGCCCCAGGGCUCCUGGCCACCCGGGUGGAAGUGCCACUGCUGGGCAUCGUUGUGGCUGGAGGGCUUGCCUUGGGCACCCUGGUGGGGUUCAGCACCUUGGUGGCCUGCCUGGUCUGCAGGAAAGCGAAGAAGACCAAAGGCCCCCCCCGGCGCCCAUCCCUGAUCUCUAGUGACUCCAACAACCUGAAACUCAACAACGUGCGCCUGCCGCGGGAGAGCGUGUCCCUCCCGUCCCACCUGCAGCUCAACGACCUCACUCCGGACUCCAGAGGGAAACCAGCAGACCAGCAGAUGGCUCAGGACAACAGCCAGCCAGAGCUUCUGGAUCCGGAGCCCGGCGGCCUCCUCACCAGCCGAGGUUUCAUCCGUCUCCCAAUGCUGGGCUACAUUUAUCGGGUGUCCAGUGUGAGCAGUGAUGAGAUCUGGCUCUGAGCUGAGGCUAAGACAGAGGGUGCCUUCUUGGCCCCUGGGCACCCUCCCGGUCCUCCUCCAAGGCAUCCUCUGCCUGGCCACAUUGCCAACGGGAAGAGGCCAUGCCACUGCCACUUUUGCUUGUCCUCUGGGUCACUGGUAUCCUUGGCAAGGCUGCCAGCUGGACCUAAGCCCUUGUUCCAACUCUGGUUGAGGGCCUGCAUGAUGCCCUGUGCCCAGGCGGAUGGGGCUCUCUGUCCAGGUGUGCCUGGAGGUCAUCCAGCAUCUAAGCGUGGCAUGGCCCUGUCGGCUUGGGGCAGCUCUGUGCCCCACGCCGGUGCUCCUCAGCACCAUGUACAGCAGGCAUGGGGCAUGCCUGGUUGGGAGGGCCCUGCACGUCCUGGAUCUCCUUCCUAUGCUAUGCAGCUUUGUUCCCUCAGGGAAAAUUUAGGACCCUGCUAGCUGUAGAGAACCAACCUGCCCUUUGCACAGGAACUCACCUCUGGCCCAGCAGCGCUGGCCGAGCACAAACCAGUACCCUUUGCUGCACACCUCUCUGCCCCAGCCCCCUCCUGGGCAUCAUAGGUUAUACAUUGGACCUUCUCCACUUCUUCACUUGGCACUAGACUUCCCCACUGGCCUGGGCCCUGGUGGUGCCAGCGCCUGGUGUUAGCACAAGAAAGGGGAAGAAUGGGAGGUGAGAAGCCUGGUGCGUCCAGGCCUGCAUGUAGCUAUGCCUUGUUUUCUUACAGUGUUAGCACUUUAAGCACGUCUUCCCGGGAGGGGGUGAGCAAGGGCCCCAGGGCCCUGUCUGGGGCUUCCCCAAGUCUGGCCUUUUCAUGAUUCACUGUGAGUGCCCUGAGCCCUCGGGGUUGACGGGUUCCCGCUCAAAGUAUCUACCCCGCUAUGGGACCCCAGCCCUGGACCCCAUCAGCAGGACCCUGACUGCCCCAUCAGCAGGAAGCUGUUCUUCCUGUCCCAUCCUCUGUUCUUUAGGGGAUGGCCAUAGUGGCACAUAACUUGACAGUGCUGGAAACCUUAGGGGGACAUGGAAAAAGGAGGGAGAUCACAUAUCCCAAAACGACCCAAGAACACUUUUGAAAAGCAACGUGGAAAAGAUUGCAGAUUAACAGAGUGCAAAGUGUAUUUUUCCCUUCUUGAUAUCUUGUUUUGUAAUUUUUCUCACGUUACUGCCGAGGACAGUGCUGAACACGUGGUAGAUUCUCAAUAAACUUGA